UUCAUGACAACUGUAAAUGCUUGAUGCCACUUCAAAAAUACAAUGCUGGCACGGAUGACGAAAUUAUUCAAAUUGUCCAAGAUUGCAUAACUUGUUACCCUAUAAAUACGGCAGUUGGAAGGGGAACGGCAGAUCUCCGGUGAAACCGGCACGCUGAGCACUUACAGCAGAGUUUAAUACAGUAGCGCUAGAGAACAGCUUUGAUCUCACCUGUAUUCAUAUCGAAAUUACCUCUUGCUUUACAGAAAAAAGCGAUCAUAAGUUAAAAUAAAAUGGAAUACCGGGCAUAUACAGGAAUGAGUGGGUUAGGCACUUCUAAGCUUGUCACUGAUUUUCAGCACUUGAAAGAGUUCACCGAGCUCUCAGUAAACUCAAAAAAUGCCGCGGUGCAACACAACCAAGAGACGUCUCGCAAGGAAUCGGAGGAUGAGUCCAAGCUACCGGUGCUGGAGGCUGCCUACGCUACCAUCCUCCGGGGGAUUGGGGAGGACACCGACCGCCAAGGGCUUCUGCGAACGCCGGCCCGAGCAGCCAAAGCGAUGCAGUUUCUUACUAAGGGUUACCACGAAUCCGUAUACGACAUUCUGAACGACGCCAUAUUUGAUGAGGACCACGAUGAGAUGGUGAUCGUGAAGGACAUCGAUAUGUUCUCUUUGUGUGAGCAUCACCUGGUGCCCUUCUUUGGCAAGGUCCACAUUGGGUAUUUUCCAAACAAGAGGGUGGUUGGCUUAAGCAAACUGGCAAGAAUUGUUGAGAUCUACAGCCAGAGACUUCAAGUCCAGGAGCGCCUGACCAAGCAGAUCGCAACGGCUAUUGCAGAGGUGCUGCAGCCGGCUGGAGUGGUGGUGAUCAUUGAAGCAGCUCACAUGUGCAUGAUCAUGCGGGGUGUGCAGAAGAUAAACAGCCGGACGGUCACCAGCACCAUGCUGGGCAUCUUCCGGGAGGACCUCAAGACUCGCGAGGAGUUCCUGACCCUGGUCAAAAGCAACUAAACAUCUUCUACGUCAACCGACCCUCAGACACUAGCAGUACCCUCCUAAGUUGCCUAGGUCACUCAGGCCACAUUUCCUGUCUCCUUAGUGGUCAAGUUAACAAACCAUCUGUUUGGAGGUCAGGGUCCUGCUAGUGUUUUCUUUUCUAUUCCGGUGCUGAUUGGAAAAAAAAAACCUACAUUUAGAUCUGUUGUGAGUCAUAAAUCACAAUCACAAGUUGCAAAUCAAAUCACAGCUGAUACUCGGGGUUUAACAUCAUCUGGUAGAGCAGUGUUUCCCAACCUGAUCCUUGGGGACCCUGAUAGUCCACAUUUUUGUAAAAACGUGAACUGUCAGGCAGGGAGUCAGGAGGGAGCAAAAACGUGGACUGUCUGGCAGGGAACUAGGAGGGAGCGAAAACGUGGACUGUCUGGCAGGGAACUAGGAGGGAGCGAAAACGUGGACUGUCUGGCAAGGAGUUAGGAGGGAGAGAAAACAUGGACUCUGGCAGGGAGUUAGGAGGAAGCGAAAACGUGGACUGUGGCAGGGAACUAGGAGGGAGCGAAAACAUGGACUGUCUGGCAGGGAGUUAGGAGGGAGGGAAAACGUGGACUGUCUGAGGGAAGCACUGUGGUAGAGAAUGAAAUAUCUCAUGGUAUUUGCAUUCACUGUGAAACAAGACUAACUCUUUUGAGUACCUUGAUCUGCUUUUGGACACAUAUGUAAAUAUGCGGUAUAUUUAUGCACCAGAUUAUUUUUUUGUGCACCCUCAUCUCAGAUUUCUGCCAGUAAUCUGUUAUGUUACAGGGGGGAAGCACAACGUCUUCAUUUCUGACACACAUUCUAUAUGUUUCCACAGUAAAGGCUGGAUUGUAUGUAGACAUUAGCCUAUCACCAAUAGCAGUGCCAGAAAUCAUACAGUGGGUGGGCCAGCAGAAAAUCGUGUGGGCCAAUCUCGUAACAAUUCAUUUUGUGACAAAAUCACACUACAGACUCAAAUUUCCUUCUCAGUUGACACUGUGAGUUUUUAAUCAACUAAGACCAAAUGAACAAAGAGCACGAAAAAUCUCUUUGCCUAUCACCAGCACAUUUCCUCUGAUUGAUUUAACCACGCACACAGAUACCUGUGAGACCCAUUAGUUUUCUCAUACUGUAUCACUCGCUGUGAACGCUGAAUGGGUAGGCCCAGGAUCACUUGUGCCACCACAUUAACCCGUCACUCAUUUACAGUAUGAGAAAUUGCACCAAUGUUUCUUAAGAACUAAAUAAAAUUUUAUUUUAACAGUUA